AUGUACGUCAUCGGAACCGCCGGACACGUGGACCACGGCAAAUCCACGCUGGUCAAGGCUCUCACCGGCAUUGAUCCGGACCGCCUGCCCGAGGAAAAGGAACGGGAGAUGACGGUCGACUUGGGUUUUGCGUGGAUGACGCUGCCCAGCGGCCGCGAGGUUAGCAUCGUGGAUGUGCCGGGACACGAGCGGUUCAUCAAGAACAUGCUGGCCGGCGUCGGGGCCAUCGACUUGGCCAUGCUGAUCGUGGCCGCCGACGAGAGCGUGAUGCCGCAGACCCGGGAGCAUCUGGCGAUCCUGGACAUCCUGCGCAUCCGCCGGGGCCUGGUGGUCAUCACCAAGGUUGACCUGGUUGACGAGGAACUGGUGGAACUGGUCAAGGCCGAGGUAGAGGAUACCCUGGUCGGCACCGCUUUCGAGGGCUGCCAGAUGGUAGCCGUGUCCGCGUACACCGGCGAGGGCAUCGAUGAGCUCAAGGCCAGCAUCGACGGCAUCCUGAACGACACCGAGACCCGUCGAGAUCUGGGACGGCCUCGCCUGCCCAUCGACCGCUGUUUCACGGUCAGCGGGUUCGGCACCGUGAUCACCGGAACGUUGAUCGACGGUUCGGUGGCGGUGGGCCAGCAGAUGCAGUUGGCUCCGUCGGGACGCCAGGCGCGCAUCCGCGGUUUGCAGAGCCACAAGUCGCGCCUCGACGCCGCGUCGCCCGGGGUGCGAUUGGCCUUGAACCUGUCGGGCAUCUCUCGCGACGACGUGAUGCGCGGCGAGGUGCUCACCAACCCGGGCUGGCUGCGGCCCACCCGCCGGUUCGACGCCAACCUGCGCAUGGUAAAAGGCGCGCCCCACGCCCUGAAGCACAACGAAGGUGUGACCUUCCACCUCUUCACCAGCGAGACCACCGGCAGGGUGCGCCUCCUCGACGCCGACCGGCUGCAACCGGGCAGCGAAGGUUGGGUGCAGGUGCUGCUGGACGAUCCGGUGCCCAUGGUCAAGGGCGACUUCUUCGUCCUGCGGUCGUCCGAGGAUACCCUGGGCGGCGGGCAGGUGGCAGAUCCCAACCCGCGUCGCCGGCACCGUCGGUUCGCCCCCGAGGUGCUCGAACAGCUGACCGUGCUGGACGCCGGCGCCAGCGAGGACGUCAUCCUCACCAUCGCCGACCAGAUGGGGCCGUGCGACCUGAGAACCCUGUCCCAGCGCUCCAAUUUCUCCAACGAGGAAGUGCUGGAACGCAUCGGAGUGCUGGUGGAUUCCGACGAUAUCGUGGCAUUGGGCGAGAUGGGUGUCCAGGGUGACGCGGUGAUUUACUCUCGGCGCGGUUGGGACAUUCUGCGGAACCAGGCGCAGGUCGCGCUGCAGGCCUACCACAACCAGUACCCGUUGCGCCGGGGCGCUCCGCCCCAGGAACUGCGCAGUCGUUUGGGCGUCUCGCAGCCGGUUUACCUGCGCGCCGCCGCGCGUCUUUCGGACGAGGGGGCCAUUACCGAUGACAACGGCCUGGUGCGAACGCCGGAUCAUAGCGUGGAACUCAGCGACGGGCAGCAAUCCGAAAUCGCCGCGUACCUGGCCACCCUGGCCGCCGAGCCCUUGGAACGGGGCGACGUGGUGAAGGUCAACGAGACGGUGGUGUUCACCACGGCGGCCUACGAGGACAUGGCCGGCCGCAUCGUCGAUCACCUGAAGGCCAACGGGAAUGUCACGGUGGCCGACGCGCGCACCAUCUUCGGCACCAGCCGGAAGUACGUCCUUCCCCUGCUGGAAUACCUGGACCAGCAGCGAAUCACCAGGCGCGUCGGCGACGAGCGGGUGCUGCGGUAA